AUUCUUCCAGGAACAAAAGAGCAGACCGUCAGGCUGCGAAACAAAUCCCUCCAAUCUCUCAUGAGAUCAGAUGAGAUUAUCCACUGAGCAGACCGUUGAUGUUAUGAUAGAUACUCGAGUUGCUCACCUUCAACUCUUCUUUCUAUCCAAACUCCGUUUAACUAGUCUAAUUAUAGUGCAUGCGGAACCUAUCCAUACCAGAGUUCUCGGUCAACUCUACGCGAAAGACAGUCCUGGGUUUCCAAUACUGCUUGUAUUUUUGUAUAUGCUAUUUGGAUUGCUGCUACGCUAUUGAUUUUUCAACUUCCAAAAGGCUCCAUCGUGUGCAAUGCUGCAGUGCCUGUAAACCGUGCAAUAUUCGGCGCUGCAAUAGCUUCCAAAAACGUAAGGGGAGUGUUGAUUUAAGAAUAUUGGUCCUGUGACUAAAAAGAAACCCCUAGACCGACCUUUGAGAUCAGUCCACACAAC